CUGCCUCGCGAGGGCGGCUGGAUGUCGUCGCCCCUGGCCUCGAGAACUUGCCUUGGGAAGUGGCCCGAAGGCCAGGAAGGGAAGGCCUGGUUUGGGGACUCUGAGAUGCCGAUUUGGGGCCCAUCUCAAACUUUGCUGAAUCGCUUGGAUCCCCGAAUAUAAAUAGGAGAUUAACAGGGGCUAUUCUGGGGCGAGAGGCGUCAAGCUGGGGAAGGUUGACCCAAACGAGGGCCCGUACAAGCUACGGAGACUUUCUAGAAUAGUGAGAACUAGCUUCUUAUUGCCUCGAUUUACAAAUGAGAGCGAGAACGGAGGCCUUGCUCGGUGACGUCGAGUCCGGAAGAAAGUUAAAAUGUAAAGUUAAAGUUAAAAUGUAAAUCAGGAAGGAAGAUAUCCGCAAGUAAGACAAUAGUACCGGAUGAAGUGGUAGUAGAUGGGGGGAGGGCCACUCUAAAAUGGGGUAGAGCUCUUCAGAGAAGGCCGGGUUUCACAGAGAUUCGAGAAAAGAAAGAAGCUAGGGAAUGGACUGUCUAGGUGGAGAAAAGAGCCAACGGACAGGGUUCUGAGGAAGGAAACGGCGAGAAAGCCAGGUUGCUGGAGCAGAACAAACAAGGGCCAAAGUGGUCUUUGAUGGAGAAAUGGCAGGGCCUGAACAAGCACAGCAUUUUAGCCCAAGCAUUUGUGGAACACCAAUUACAGACCUGGGUAGGUGCCAAGAAUUGAGCAGUAAAUAAGAUGGAUGUCGUAACUGUCCCCAUAAACGUAAGGAUCAAUUGGGAGAAGACAGGCACUAACAAACCAUAAUUACUUGAGUGGAUGACAACAGCAACACGACAAGAAGUUCUUGGCCUCUACCGCAGAAUUUUCAGGCUUGUGAGGAAAUGGCAGGCGGCAUCAGGGCAGAUGGAAGACACCAUUAAAGAAAAACAGUACAUAUUAAAUGAAGCCAGAACGCUGUUCCAGAAAAACAAAAAUCUCACAGACACAGACCUGAUUAAACAGUGUAUAGAUGAAUGCACAGCAAGGAUUGAAAUUGGACUGCAUUACCAGAUUCCUUAUCCACGGCCAAUUCAUCUGCCUCCAAUGGGCCUCACCCCACUACGAGGCCGGGGACUUCGAAGCCAGGAAAAACUGAGGAAACUUUCCAAACCAGUAUAUCUCAAGUCUCAUGAUGAGAUUUCCUAACCCAGAAGAAAAUUUAUUUCUCAGAACGAUGAGCCGACUAGAUCUUGAAUGUAAACCAGAUGAUGAAACCCUUCUCUUCGAUUAGGGGUAAAAAUUUAAAUAUCUUCUUAAAAACCUCCAAAAUAUUGGUAUUCACCCCAAGAUCUGUGCUCACUCAUCCUGACACUUCAUCAGGGUCUUGUUGCCUAAAGUGGAUGACACUAACCCUAGAGGUCAUGGACCUUAUAUACCCUCACUGAAGCAUCUUUGGAAACAAGGCCAAGGCCUGUAGAAGGAAGAUAAGGAUGACAAAGAUUUUCAUGGAAAUGUCAUUUGCCAGUCAUGUCAGCUGAUAGGAAGAAAUCAGCCAGCUGCUGAAAGUCUUCAUAGCUACCAUAAAACUCUACACUGCCUUCAGAAUAUUUUUUGGCUUCUUUCUCCCGAAUUUUUGCUUAAAAAACAAAGGUUUGCUUAAAAGUGGGCUUCUUUGUAUAUGUUUUGCUGUCUUUUGACCAUCCCAGUUUCCAGAUAAACUACCCUUAAAAAGUGCAUCAUUGGAUUUAUCGUGGUUUUUCAUGGAAAUUUUACAUGACACCCUGCCCCUGACAUAUACAUACGUAAAAGUACUUGUCUUAGGUAAAUGCGUAUGUUUACUUUAUCUUAAAGCCUGUGAUUACUUAGGAUCCACUUAGGAUUUGAAAGGCUUACUUGAAACUCAUACUGCAUUCAUUAUGAAUAUUUUAUCUUAACAUAAUUAGGAAGUACAAGGGCCAAGCUGGUUUUCAAAUUAUGUCUAAACAGCAAUGGCACAAAGAGAACUCAAAACACAAAGGAUUUAUACUCCUGCAUGUGUGGAAUCCCAUGGCAAGUCACACACACCUUGUUAACAUUCCUUCUGACCUCCAAAGACAAUGAGCAUCACCAAUAAAAACAAAUUUUUAUCGA